AUGUGCACCCUCGGCUACAACUACUUCUCUUGCGGCUGCAAGAAGGUGAUUGACGGGACGCUGACGCGGUGCGCCUACGCCUCGAUCAAGGGCAUGGACUGCCCCGACUUCCAGCUCGUGGCCGACGCCGGCGCGUCCAAGGACCAUAUGUUUGCGUGCAUGUCGCACUCGUAA